AUGGUUGUCGAACAUGUCGAAUAUGCUGAUAGCAAUGGGGAGAAGGAGAAAGAGGUUUUCAAUGUGAUUAAAACUGACACAGAUGAGUUGCUGGGGUUUGAGGUUAAUGAGUACUUAGCCAAAUUCUUAGACAUCUCCGAACAGUCGAAGGAAGGGGAAAAGAAGGAGAAACAGAUGGGUUUGAAAGAGGGUUUGAAAACGUACCCUAAGGCUGCAUUUUGGUCUUUUGUCUUGUGCUCUACAUUGAUCAUGGAAGGAUACGACACUAACUUACUUAGCUCUUUCUACACGUUUCCUGCUUUUAAUGAGAGGUUUGGAAAAUAUUACGAGGAGGCGGGAGAAUAUGAAAUCGAAGCAAAAUGGCAGACUGCUUUAAGUAUGGCUAUAAACGUUGGAGAAAUUGUGGGUUUAUUUUUCGCAGGUCUUAUAGCUGAUCGAUUUGGUUAUCGUAAAACUUUAAUGGGCUCUUUAGUUUUAGUAACUGGAUUUAUCUUCAUUGUUUUCUUCGCUAAAAGCAUUGAAAUGUUGUUGGUGGGUGAAAUCCUUCUUGGUCUUCCUUGGGGAGCAUUCCAGACUUUGUGUGUGACAUACGCGUCUGACGUAUGCCCUAUGACCCUUAGACUUUAUCUCACGACUUAUGCGAACUGCUGCUGGGUUAUUGGUCAGUUAAUUUCGUCGUGUGUCCUUCGUGCAUUUGUAUCGAGUAGUGAUAAAGAUGCUUAUCGUAUUCCGUUUGCGGUCCAAUGGGUAUGGCCAAUCCCAAUCUUCAUUGGUGUUUUCUUUGCUCCUGAAUCACCAUGGUGGCUUGCAAGGAAAGGUAGAGAUGCUGAAGCUAAAGAGUCACUUAAAAGAUUACUAACCGUUAACGAAAAAAUGCCCAAUAAGGAUGAAAUGUCAUCAGCUUUACUAAACAGAAUUAAAAUGACUUUGAAAGAAGAAGACGCAAAUUCUCUGAAUAGCUCCUAUGUGGAAUGCUUCAAGGGUGUCAAUCUUCGGAGGACCAUUUUAACCUGUUCCGUGUGGUUGAUUCAGAAUUGUACAGGAGCUGCUUUGAUGGGAUUUUCCACAUACUUCUACAAACAAGCCGGUCUUGCAACAAGUAUGUCAUUCACGUUUUCAAUAAUUCAGUAUUGUUUGGGUAUCCUUGGCACUUUGUGUUCUUGGAUAGUUUCUCAAAAGCUUGGUAGGUUCACUGUUUACUUUGGUGGUCUCAUCAUCUUAUUUGUGAUUUUAUUCAUCGUUGGUUGCUUAGGUAUUCACCAGACAAGUGCAACCGGAUGGGCAGUGGGAACAUUUUUACUUAUCUAUACUUUCGUUUAUGACUCGACCAUCGGCCCUAUUUGCUACUGUGUGAUAACGGAGCUCCCUAGUGUCAGGCUUCGUAAUAAAACUGUUGUCUUAGCAAGAAAUGUUUAUAAUAUUUCAGGGAUUGUUGUAUCAGUUAUUACACCUUACAUGUUGAAUCCUACUGCAUGGAAUUGGAAGGCUAAAACAGGGUUCUUCUGGUCAGGGUUUGCCUUAGCCUCCAUUAUUUGGUGCUGGUUUAUGUUACCUGAAACGAAACAAAGGACUAUUGCGGAGUUGGACCAGUUAUUUGCUCAGAAAGUGAAGGCUAGAAACUUCAAAACUACCGAAGUAGAGGUCUUUAACACAGAGGAACUUCUUAAUAAAAUGGGCGAUGACGGUGUGAAGGAAUUUGUGAUUAAUACCGAAAAGCUUGAAAAGGAAGAAUGUUGA